AUGAUCAAAAAUCAUCGAGGUUGGCAUGAGAUGUUGCCAUAUACUUUAUUGGAUUAUCGGACGAGUGUCAGAACGUCGAUUGGAUCUACUCCAUACUUUCUAGUAUAUGGAACAGAAGCAGUCAUUCCUGCUGAAGUCGAAAUACUGUCUUUGAGAAUCAUCCAAGAAGCUGAGUUAAGUAAUGCCAAAUGGGUCAGCAGGCGUAUUGAUCAACUAACUUUGAUUGAUGAGAAGAGAAUGGUUGCCAUUUUUCACGACGAAUACAAGGGAAAAUUCGCGCCAAAUUGGCAAGGACCCUACAUGGUUCUCAAGGUAUUGUCCAGAGGCGCUUUGGUCCUGUCAGAGAUGGAUGACACCGCAUGGCCGAAACUUAUCAAUUCAGAUGCUGUCAAGAGAUACUACAUUUGA